UCCGUGUCUACCCUUGACAUGUCUCUGCGUGGAGAAUUAAUAGUUGCUAUAUUCACACUAGUUGCCAGGAUUUGAUUAGAUGAUAGAGGAAAAAUACUACAGAUAACCUUGUAAAAUUACUUUAUUUUGUAGUUAAUUUUAUUUUUCUAAUCGUGAAUAAUGUCUGCCAUUUAUCAUAAAACAAUGUCUGCAUUAGAUAAAGUAGUGCCACCAAAAUUACAACCGUUAUGGAUGCAUCCUGCAGGACCAAAAACUGUAUUUUUCUGGGCACCAGUAUUUAAAUGGGGUUUAGUCAUAGCUGGCAUAGCUGACUUGCAGAGACCUGCUGACACAAUUAGUCCAGCUCAAUGUGGAGCUCUUCUUGCUACAGGAGCUAUAUGGUCUAGGUAUUCUUUGGUGAUUAUACCCAAAAACUAUUCCUUGUUUAGUGUUAAUAUAUUUGUAGCAAUGACUCAAUGCUAUCAAAUGUAUAGAGCUGUGAGCUAUCAGCAAAAACAUAAAUUUUCCUAACUGUGAUUAGAGAUCUGUAGAACAAAUUGUAAAUAUUCUUUUAUUGUUUGAGAAUAUAUAUUAUAGAAUGUAAAAAAUAUAAAAUUUAUUAUAUUUAAUAUUAUUUAAAACAAAUUUUAUUAUAUUUAAUAUUGUUGGAAAUUAUCUCAGGUUGUAUCCACUUUAGUUUAAUAAAGUAUAAUUAAAGUGAA